AUGAUUAUCUUUGUGCAGCUCCUGUCGGAAUGUAACUCCAACUGUGGCUUAAAUCAAACCAGCUUCACUGCCUGCAAAAAGAUUGACAACGCUAUAACUUGCAUAGCAGAGGAAUGCCCACCACUAGAGUUAUAUCACGGGCAGGUUUUUGGAAAUAUGAACAACCAUGGCAGCCGCAAGCUGGUAACAUGCGAGCCUGGAUAUAAACUCAUCGGAGAUAGUAUUGUCACAUGUAACUACGGACAAUGGUCAGGCGAUCCUAUGUGUGUGGAAGAAAGAAACGGUCUCGACGCCUCCAGCUGGAGUGCAAAACAAGUAAUAGGACCCCCUAAUGUCUAUCCUCAGUAUCUAGACAGUCCUUCGGCUUGGAGUAUUGGAAAAAAUAAACUUAACUCCAGAACAGAAUUUCUUGAGCUGGUAUUCACCAAACCAGUCAUCGUUAAACGAGUCGACAUUUAUGAGACCUUCAACUCGGGCUCCGUGACGUCACUUGAAGGUCUGCAUUUGUUAGACGACAACUGGGUUAUCUUGUGGUCGACGGUUCGAGCUCAACAUAUUAAAGCAGCAAGGAUAUUUAGUCCACAACUUAACGUCACAAACGUAUUUACUAACGUCAUUCGAAUCAACAUGGAUGCAUCCGUCUCGCAAAGUUAUGUGGAGAUUGACGCUGUUCAACUGGUGGGAACUUGAACUAAAACAACCAAUUUCUGAAUGACGUUCGGAAAUACGACGAUAUCCAACACUUAUUCUACUCUUUAAUGUCAACAUGUUUUCAUGAAUUUAAGCUUGUUUUAGCUUGAAACAGUUCAGUC